AUGAUGUUCCUCUUCGCAUUUGUUAUUUUGCUGAACGUUCUAAAUGUCAAAUCGGUACCUGGGCUUUCGCUGACAAAUUACUGUGAGGAUUACUUAGUUGGAGGCUGUACUUCCAUCAUCGAAGUGUAUGCUGGUCGUCUUUCAUCUCCGAUCCUCUUUGGUCCUUUUCUACCUCCACAACUGGAUCAAUGUGUCUCUGACAAUCCAACAUAUUCUCCUGCAAACCUUGGUGCGAAAUUGUUUGGCGAAAUGUUGGCGUCAACGAAUAUCAAGGCAAGUAUACAAUUCAAAAAGUCAGGUGAAUGCGUAGAGUUGUGUAGGAAAACCUACGAUCCAAAAGAUUCCUUACCCGGAGGGACCUACACGAAAUUAUUACAAGGAAUCAGGCAAUCCUACAAUCGAUAUUGGGUUUCUGAUAACAUCCCAGUGAUUGCUUGCAAAAGAACCCUUGGUGGCAAGGUUUGCGAAAGAAGUUUUCCUCUCGGAUGUUACAAAACAGAUUCGCAGAUCGAACCGACACAAUGCAAAGCUCAGCUUUCAAGCGCUCAGGAGGCGACUCCUUAUCUCUUCAAUCAUUUUAUCUUUAAUAUCACUUACACCGCUGCAAGCCCCUCAAAAUACAACUUGAUUGCUGUUCAGGUUACUCCAUUGAGCAUUGGCCACGACGUGAAGGAUCUUAAAUGCCCCAAUAAUCGGCCACUGGCACUGCCAGAAAAAAUUAUCGCGCCUCUCACAAUUGUCUACACCUACAGCGUCCACUUUUCAGAAGUACGGGAUGCACCGUUGAGUAGUCGAUGGAGCUACCUAAUUUCGGAGGCACCGCACGAGAGUAUUCAGUGGGUGUCCAUAAUCAACUCCGUACUCGUUGUGUUCUUUCUUACCAUCCUCGUGGCAAUUGUGCUGGUGCGCACCCUACGUCGGGACUUUUUGCGCUAUGACAGGUUGGAGAGUGAGCCUAACGAGACUCAAGAGGAAUUCGGCUGGAAGCUAGUUCACGGUGACGUCUUCCGGGCACCGCGCUACCCUAUGCUAUUUGCUGUGUUGAUCGGCUCCGGCGUGCAGAUGGCUCUCAUGUCCGUUAUCACUCUCUUCUUCGCCUGUUUCGGUAUCCUCUCGCCCAUCCACCGUGGCGCCUUCGCCACCUGUGCCAUCGCUGUCUUUGUCUGUCUGGGUGCCUCUGCUGGCUACACCUCAGCUCGACUCUACAAGUUCUUCGGUGGGCUACGCUGGAAGACCAACAUCCUAAUGACGGGCCUCUUCUGUCCUGGCCUUGUGAUGAGUGUCUUUCUGGUGAUCAACUUAGUUCUUAUCUCUCUUAACAGCUCUGCUGCCGUCUCAUUUACCGCCAUCCUCUCCAUCCUUGCCAUGUGGCUCCUGGUCUCCCUGCCUCUCUGUUUCUUUGGUGCCUUCUUUGGAUUUAGGCAACAGGUCAUCCGAGUGCCCACUCGGACUAACCAGAUCCCAAGGCAGGUGCCUCCACAGGCUUGUUACACCCGCAUUCUGCCGGCAAUGCUGCUGACUGGUUUGCUGCCUUUCGGUUGUAUCUUCGUGCAACUCUUCUUUAUUUUCAACAGCAUCUGGGGUCAGCAGCUCUUCUUCAUGUUCGGCUUUCUGUUCCUCGUAUUUGUGUUCUUCCUUGCCUGCAUCGUUGAGAUCACCAUUCUCACUUGCUACUUCCAGCUCUGUGCUGAGAAUUACCGUUGGUGGUGGCGCUCCUUCUUGUCGGGUGGAUCAACAGCAAUCUAUGUGUUAGGCUAUGCGGUGCAUUACUAUCUGUUCAAGACGCAGUACAAGGGCUUUAUCUCCGGUUUUCUAUACCUCACCUGCACCACUCUCGUCUCUGGGCUCUUCUUCAUCAUGCUUGGCAGCGUGGGCUUCCUCUCAUGUUUCAUCUUCACUCGUAAAAUCUACCGCGUAGUCAAGGUUGACUAG